AAGAUGAAUCGCCUAGUACUAGCCGUUGGUGUCUUCUGUCUGCUGCAGGGAGUCUUGGCCAAUCCGCGGCCAGAUUUCGGCGUUCAGCCAACUAUUCCUGUCAGUGCCACCGUGAAGGUAUCGUUCGAAAAUGCAUUCGCCGAAGUCACCGAUAUCACCGAUUUACCGCUCAACCAAACGUUGGUCAUCAGCAAUGCCAAGCUGCAAGCUGUCUAUAUAGCGCUCAAAGAAAUUCUUAAUCAAACCACCACCUUGACAUCGGCUUUUAUGUACGAUGAGCUGUUCACCGUAGACAAUGGAACGACGCUAGCGUUCGCUAACAUUCUACAACCGAUCGAUGAUAUGGUUACCUACAUCAACAUUACCGCCGAAACCGACAUCAUAACUCCACUGAACGAUUCGACUAGUUACUUUGGUAUUUUGGACGAGCUGGACGAUGAGUUUACACGCCUUGCCCUAGGCUUGGUUGAUCUGAAGACAGAACUGUUGGCAGUAAAGGGAAACCUUGAUAGUGCCGUAAGUGCCAACUCUGGCAGCCCCGCUAUCUCUGUUACCCAGUUGGCCACCUAUCUGAAAUCCGCGGCCGUGUACAAGCUGGUGCGCGCCAUCAACCGCGUCAAGGCGUACCUGCCGGUCAUCACCUACACGCUCGACACUGUCUAUGAAAACCUCCUUACAGCCAAUGCUUUUAUCGACGAUCUGCAAGCCGCUGUGAGUAGUGUCCCGAGCAGUAAUACCACUGAUUACGCCGCCGCCUACAAGAUUAGCUCGGACGCUGUCGAGCUGGAGGCCUCCACCGGAAUCGCUGCGAACCUGAACGUGACAUUGAACCUUAACGACACACUGGGCGCUAUUACUAAUUUCGUGGCCACCAGUAACGCGACUACCAUUCUAACCAAACUCGGGGAAUUGGCCACGAAGGACACGUCUCUUCAAGCUUCGUCGCUGACAUCCGAAUUCAAUAACACACUGAACGACCUUAAGGCCUUCAUUAACUCAAGAGUUUCUAGUGUGAACGUCACUACUGAUCCACGCGUACAAGUAUUGAUCGACGUUUUGAUGGGUAACAACUAUGGCUUCGGACGCUACUGUUACUACAAGUACAAGGAGCUCUUUGCUAACCUCUUCGACAACGGAGUGGACGCUGGUUUCGAGUGUACCGACAAGGAGGCCGAACGUCUGAAGAAUCUGCAGGAUAUCAUCACUGCUCUACUGGUUCAAAUCGCUUUCGAUACGGAGGAGAUCGUCGCUCAAAUUAAUCUGUGCGCCAGCCUUCCAUCUGCUCAGGCCAACGCAUGCGUUGCAGCGGUUACUGGCUACUACGUUGAUCUGUUUGCCGCAACAUCACAGAAGAUCGAUGCGCUGUACACGUUCGUUACGAAGGAAGCCGUCGCCAGCAGGAACCGUCUGUUGAUCUGCUUCCAGCUGGUCAGCUUCCAGCAAGGAGAUGCCGAAGCUGGAGCAAUCGUCAACAAUGUGCAGAUUUGUGCCAGGGAUGGUCCUGCUGGUACCCUUGAGUAAAGUCAAUGGCACAAGAAUCCUAGAACUCCCGAACACUGAAUAAAACCGACCCCAUAUUAUUAUAG